UCACAUUGUUUUAUGCAGUAUCAAGAACUUUAGUUGUCACCGAGACUCCAUGAUGACACUAAAAGGUGUACGUAAAGCCUUGUUUCACUCUGCACUCCCCCCCUGUCAAACACGAAGCGACAUUGGUAUGUUCCAUGGAAGACACGCUGCUGCCGGCCAUGUGCUGUUUGUUGAUCUGAUAGCCCAAUACCUUUUUAAUGGGGUUGAAAGAAUGAUCAUUUUCAAGCUUGUCAGUUGAAGACAUUGAGCUAAGUAUUUACGAGAACUAUCGAGGAGAUCUUUCAAGUGAAUUACAGACGUUUUUUCGGGAAAUAGGAAGCCAAGUAAGCCACGCGCCCUUGCUGAUCCAGGCAGGACUUUACUGGACCCGGCUUGCCAGCUGCUCUAGACGGUCCUCGUCAUCGCCGUUUCUCUUUCUCUGCGGCUGAGGAAACCACCACAGCACCACCAUGCGGAGGUGUAAGAACUGCGGUGGGACGGACGUGGACGUGGACCAGGCCCGUGGCGACGCCGUGUGUAUGGGCUGCGGCUCCGUGCUCGAGGACAACAUCAUCGUCUCGGAGGUGACCUUUGUGGAGAGCAGCGGCGGAGCCUCGUCGGCGGUCGGCCAGUUCGUGGCCUCAGACUCUCAGGGUCCUGCCCCAUCUCUGGGUGGAAACUACAUGGGGAUGGGAAAAGAGUCCAGAGCGCAGACGUUACAGAACGCGAAGAGGAAUAUAAAUCACCUGGGGCGCCAGCUGCAGAUGAACCAGCACUGCCUGGACACGGCCUUCAACUUCUACAAAAUGGCUCUCUGUAAACGCCUGACCCGAGGGAGGAAGUCGGCCCACGUCAUCGCCGCCUGCCUCUACCUGGUGUGCAGGACGGAGGGAACGCCCCACAUGCUCCUGGAUCUCAGCGAUCUGCUGCAGGUCAAUGUGUAUGUCCUGGGAAGAACGUUCCUGGUGUUGGCCAGAGAACUCUGCAUCAAUGCGCCAGCUAUAGAUCCGUGUCUGUACAUCCCCCGAUUUGCCCACAUGUUGGAGUUUGGUGAGAAAAGCCACGAGGUGUCCAUGACAGCACUGAGACUCGUGCAGAGGAUGAAGAGGGACUGGAUGCACACUGGACGCAGGCCUUCAGGGCUCUGUGGAGCAGCUCUGCUGGUGGCUGCCCGUAUGCAUGAGUUUCGUCGCACCAUCAAAGACGUGAUCGGCGUCGUCAAAGUGUGUGAGGCCACGCUGAGGAAGAGGCUGAGCGAGUUUGAGGACACGCCAACCAGCGAGCUGACCAUUGAGGAGUUCAUGAAAGUGGACCUGGAUCAGGAAUGCGACCCUCCCUCGUUUAAAGACGGACAGAGAAAGCUCCGGCUGCAGAAGAUUGAGGAGGAACUGGCUAAGAAGAUCGAUGACGUUCAGGGUGAAAUCUGUGGCUAUCAGGACGAGAUAGAGAAUGAGCUGGAGAGCAGUCGACCAAAAUCCAGAGGGAUCUACGGAGCCUAUGCAAAAAAUGAUGACGCCGUCUCUGUGACAUCGUCCUGCGUGCGCGAUCUCGAUGACGAGGGUGAGGAUGAAGACCUGCGUGCGGCCGCGUCUCAUCUGAACACGGAUCUGCCCUGCCUCGGUGAUGGAGAGGAGUGCGAUAAGGAGCGGCAGGAAGCGAGAGAGGAAGAGCGAGACUCUCUGACCAAGCGCCCAUCUCUGGAGGCUCUGCUUGGGCCACUGCCCACCGCCGCCAGCCUCGGCCUGUCCGACUCCAUCCACAAGUGCGUGGGAGAGGAAAAGGAGAACGAGAACGAGCAGACAUCGGAAGGCGGUGAGCUGGACCUGAGCGGGAUCGACGACGAUGAGCUGGAGUGGUACAUCCUCAAUGAGAAGGAGGUGGAGGUUAAAACUGAGCUCUGGAUGCUGGAGAACGCAGACUACCUCAAAGAACAGAAAGAAAAGGAGGAGAAAAUAGCAAAGGAGAAAGAGCUGGGUAUCUACAAAGAGAAAAAGCCAAGGAAGCCAUCUCAAAAGCGUGCACCAAUCAACGCCAGCACGGCCAACGAGGCCAUCGAGAAGAUGCUGGAGCAGAAGCGGAUCUCCACGAAGAUCAACUACGAUGUCCUGAAGGACCUGAACCGCUCGAGCGUGAAGAGCUCUCCACCCGAGCCCAAGGAGUCUCCGGGCCGCUCCGUGCAGAAGAAGACAACGUCGACGCGGCCGAGCAGACUCAACGACUUCUCCACCAGUCUGGCUGCACCAGCAAGCCACUUCGGCAAGAGGUUACGACCGCUGAUCUCGACACAGCCCGCUAAGAAGCCGGUCCUGGAUCAGCUGGUGUCCGAGGCUCCCGAGGCUCCUGCUGUGGUUACCCAGAAUGCCGUGGUGGUGGAGAGCGGGCCUGUGACGUAUGAAGACCCGGGAGAGGAGGAGGAGGAGGAAGAGGAGGAGCAGUGCGUCAGUGCCAUGCAGCUUAUGGGAGGAGACGAGUAUGGCUAUGAUUUUGACGAAGAGGAUUGACUUUAGUGCCGCUGUGUGCUGUGUGUGAGAGAAAUGGACUGCUAAAGACACAAGCUGCUAACACUGCGCGCACACACACACACACUGUUCUGCUGCUGCCUUGUACUUGAAGUUCAGUGCUGCUGAUAUUAUACAUCGUGCAUUCAUACGUGUGUGUCUCAUUUCUUUGAAUUGUGUGUGUGUGUGUGUUAUCCCUAAUAAUGUCCAAUUAGUGAGACAGGGAGCAUAGAACAAUCUUCAGCUUGUGUGACAUCUCUGGUGUGUGUGUGUGUGUGUGUGCACGUCCGGGUGCUUCCUGUAAUUAUAUUAGCGUGACGCACAUGGAGCCAAAUGAUUGCUCAUGGCCAUGUGCAUCCAAAUGAAUUAGACUUUACUGUGUGUGUAUGCGUGUAUGUGAACGCAAUGCUGCUAAUCCAGGUUCCAGUUUGUGGCAUGUUCAUAUAGUGUUCAUUUUUUUGUUGCUAAUUUUGUGACACUGAACAUGAUCUUAUGAUCUUGCUCAGGAGCUCUGACUAAAUACAUUACACACACACACACACACACACACUAUGUUUACUGUUAUUAUUAUUAUUUACAGAUUAGUGUUGUGUUUUUUUAAUCUGUACUGUGGAUCUUUUCACAGUUUUGCCUUUGUGUCUUGUCCGGUGUUGACCGAUCGUAACCAGAGUGAAAUAAAAAAACAAAGGGAAGUGACUUUGAUGUGUGAGAAAUAUUACUGAUAU